UGUCUUUACGUAAAGAAAUUCUGAAGCUCUAAAGGUUCAUGGAUGACGACAUGUUGACCAUCAACGGCUGAUCAACAUUUUCCAUGUGCGUAAAUUGUACUUUUGGGUUAUGCUUCCAAUUCCAAACAGAAUGUUGAUGGAAAAUGGUAUCUUCAUGCAGGAAGUAUGCACUACAGAUCCACUGAUGGGACUUGGAUGACAGCCAGACUGGACAAGGGUCAGCAAAACCACAGCAGUAGUGAAGGACAUACUUUGGACCCACAGCAGGAAAGAGAGGUCUGUCUCCAAAAGACCUGCUUCUGAAAUCUGACACUUUUAUUUUGCUGUUUGGACAAAACUCUGUUUUGCUGUUUUGGAUCACUUUGGGUCAGGAAUGAUGUGAAUAUCAUUUGGAGUUUUCUGUGGGAACUCCAGGAGCCAAGGACAGAAAAGGGAAUGAUGGUUGAUCGAAAUGGGACCGUGUCCUCUUCGGAGGUGAGGGGGAGCUACUUAGAGGACAUGACUCCAGCCGUGCCAGUCUUCACACCUCCUGCUCAAGUGGGCAUAGACGCAAUAGUCAUGGGCUGGAUCCUCAGUAUGGGAUCUGCUUUGAUCAUCUCCACCAACCUCCUGGUAGCUAUUGCCUUGGUCCUGCUCAUCCAAAAGAAGGGCAGCCAGAGCUGGUGCUUCGUCCUAAACCUGGCCAUUGCUGACAUCCUCGUGGGCCUGGCCAUUACUAGCAUUGCCACUGAUGCUUUGAAGGGACGAGCAUCCUCUGUGCAAAAGGAAGUGUGCUUGCUGCGCAUGGCUUUUGUUAUUGCGCCCUCUGCCGCCUCCAUCUUCACUAUGUUCUUCAUCUCAUUGGACCGUUACAUGGCCAUCAAGCUACCCCUGCGCUAUGCACAACUCAUGGGCAGAAGGAUGAUAGCAGGAGCUUUGAUAUUCCUGUGGCUGUUGUCCACAGCUGUGGGGUUCAUGCCCAACAUGGUGGUGGAGAUGCAGCACAGUAGCAACCAAAGCAUAUGCACCUUCUUCUCAGUCAUCGAGCCCCAGAGUAUCAUCAUAGUCUUCUGCACUACCUUCUUCCCUGUACUCUUAGUCUUCAUCUACUUCUAUCUGGACAUCCUGAAAAUCGCCUGUGGCCAUCAGCGGCGCAUUCGACAGGCCAUGCAAGCUGGCUCCCACUGCGUAAUGCCUAGCCGCUACUGGGGGCAUGUCAAGGCUCUGAAGACUGUUGCUGUACUUGUGGGCUGCUUCACACUCUGCUGGUGCCCUUUCUUUGUAGUCAGCAUUGUGCAGGUGCUGUGCCCACCAUGUGAACUUUACGGAUUUCUAGAAAACCACCUAUGGUUGCUGGGACUCACCAACUCCCUUAUCAACCCCCUGGUAUAUGCCUUCUGGCAGAGGGAAGUGCGACAGCAACUCAGCGACAUGUUCGCUUGCAUUAAGGCAAGUCAAUGCUGUGUUAAAGUGCCCAAUGCAACUGAAGGAUGUCCUAUAGACCACACAAAAGCCAUUCAUACCAGACACUCUGUUGACCAGACACAGUAUUGCCAGUUUAUCUUUAGGGAUCCUGCCAUAGUGCCUAUCUCUGCGUGAACGUUCUGUGAAAACUGUAACAAACAACAACGUUCUUGCAGCUCAGUGGUCACAGGAAACCGUUAAGUGCUCUGAUUUCAACAACAGAAUGGAAAACAACUGCCUCACGUAAUGGAUAUGGAGUCUUGAGAGCCUAGCACUGUGUGCAUGUAAUGGAACAGAUGGCUUUGUUUACUUUUUACUCAGUUUCUUCUACUUAACAACUGAAGUCAAAAGACAAUAAGCACUUACGAUCUGAUGUCUCAAUUCCAACUGU